AUGACUACGCUAAUGGAUAUUCAGAAUUUAACUGAAGAAAACAGUGAUGGUGAGGAGGAUUAUGACUCAGAUUAUACAAGUUUAGACAUUGUUUCAACUGUAUCUUCGUCACAGUAUCAGAUUUCUGCUCAAGAACAAUGGGAAGAGCUGAUGAAGCAGAUUCAAACAUUGCUAAGUUUAAUCAUAUUUCCUUUAAUUGGGAAACUAUUGGGUAGGAGAACAAGUAAAUUUAUUUGGAGGAAAUUUGCUGAUUGGUGGUUCCCUUAG